AUGACCAGCAUAUCACUUCCCGCUUCGGUGCCCUUUCCCGUCACCGUGAGCAGUGUGCUCUGUGUGGCGGGCGACACGGUGAAGAAACACGCGCCAUUGUUCCGCUACCGGUACUGGGAUUACCAGGAUGACCCAAUGGCAUCCGAGGCCGUGCCGCGUAAGGUGCGCGUGGAACGCAUUGGCAGCUUCGAGCUGCCCAUAGAGGGGGAGGUCGUCUCGGUGAAUAUUCACCCGCAGAAAGAGAUUGCUCAUCUGGGAAUCGAGCUUUACGUCAUCAAAGAAACGUGCACGCACACGGUGCAAUAUGGUGGCCUCUGUGCACUUUGCGGCAAGGCUGUGGAGGAUGAAAAGGACUACUCCGGCUACACGUACGAAGACCGCGCGCCAAUCCUGAUGGCUCACGACAACACAGGGCUCAAAGUGUCUGCAGACGAGGCGGCCAAGAUCGAGCGCCUGGCCACGCAGACACUCGUGAGCGCACGCAAGCUCAUCUUGGUCGUGGACUUGGAUCAGACUGUGAUCCACGCGACCGUGGAUCCCACCGUUGGGGAGUGGCAGCGCGAUCCGCAGAAUCCAAACUACCCCUAUGUCAAGGAUGUGCGCUCAUUCUCAUUAGAAGAAGAACCCGUCCUUCCGCCAGGAUGGACAGGUCCAAAGCCAGCACCCAAUAGGUGCUGGUACUACGUGAAAGAGCGACCGGGACUCGCGGAGUUCUUGGCGCGGGUCUCACAGUUGUACGAGCUCCACAUUUACACCAUGGCCACGCGCAACUAUGCCCUUGCCAUUGCACAAAUCAUCGACCCGGAUGGGCGAUACUUUGGUGACCGUAUCCUCAGUCGAGAUGAGAGCGGGCUGCUCACGCACAAGAACUUGCGGCGACUCUUUCCUGUGGAUCAGCUGAUGGUGGUAAUCAUCGAUGACCGUGGGGAUGUGUGGCUGUGGGAGCUGAACUUGAUCAAAGUCGUGCCCUACGACUUCUUCGUAGGUAUCGGCGAUAUCAACCUGAGCUUCUUGCCGAAGAAGAAUGGCCAGCUUCUAGGGCCUUCCAAGCACGGAAAAACCGUGGCACGUCUCGAGGCCUUGGAAGACAACUCAGAAGAAAAAGCGAUUGAGGAUGCUUCUGAGGCAGAGGACAACAACGAAAGAAUGGAGGUUGAAACUCAAGUCUCAGCCAGUUCAGGAACUCCCGCUGAGACCUCUACGGAAGAAUCCGGCCCGAAUGAAACAUCAGAAAACGCUUCUCCUGUGGAUAGAAUGCUCCACUUAGGUGGGGGCGAGGAUAACAAAGACUUAUUGAUAGAACAGCUGAUGACCCGUAGCCAGCUAGUCGAGCAACAGCAGCAUGAUCGCCCGCUUGCAAAGCUACAACAUAGCUUGGAAAGGAUCAUUCAUGAGCACGACAAGCCUUCUCCGAAGAAUGACGAUGACGAGCACCUCCUUCGUGAUGAUGACACUGAGCUUUCGACCUUGAAGAGCGCUCUAGAAAACAUUCACGAGGAAUACUUUAGAAUAUUCUCGGUGCACAGCAAAGAUCCCAGCAUCCCACGCCCUGACCUUACGACGAUCGUCCCUAUGCUUAAACUGAAGUGUCUUCAGGGAGUCGUAGUGUUGUUUUCUGGCAUUCUUCCUCUUGGUAUGAACAUCGACAACGCAGACAUCGUAAUUUGGUGCCGCCAGUUCGGCGUGAAAGUCGUCAACGAGGUGUAUUCAGAAGUUACGCACGUCGUGUGCCGCGAUCCCAACGCCACUGUGGCUAAAGCCGGACUCACACUCAAGGUACGUGUUGCGAAGAAAUCUAUCCCCGGGGUGAAGAUCGUCAGCCCGGACUGGCUCUUCGCCUGCUUGAGCCAGUGGGCAAGAGUGUGUGAAGACGACUUUGCUAUUGAGCUUCCGGAUAAAGAUUGGUAUGUACCCCAGCUGGAUGUGGACAAGUACCAUAUUGCGCUUGAGGUUCAAAGACAAAAGGCGUUGAGCCGAAGCAUGGGCCAUUUAGGGCGGCCGCGUGAGGACUCCCUAUCAGCAAUCGAGGACUACGAUUUCAACGAUGCCAACGCCGAGGUGGACGAUUUCCUAGCGGGGCUCAGUGACGACGAUGACGAGAAUAUUGAUGAGAAAGACGAGGAUGCCGAUGUCUCGGAGAAAGAGGACGAGACGCCAGCUCAACCAAGUGGAUCUCUGUUUCUCAAGGGAUUAAUGAGCGAGUCACGACAAAAGAGAAGGGCCAAUGAAUCCGAGGAUGAUGACUCGGAGAGUCCUGAGACCGAUGUGAUGGGAGACUCAGAAGAUAUGGAUGAACUCGAAAAGGAGCUACUUGACGAGUUGGACAAUAUGGAUUGA